GCCUGCCGUAGCGAGUAUAAAUUGAAUGUUAAGCGGAAGUCCCGCCCUCUUCAUCCCCUCUCUGGUUGACUGUGCUUCAGUCGGCUAACGCGGCAACAUGCCACGAAAAAUUGAAGAAAUCAAAGAUUUCCUGCUGACGGCAAGGAGGAAGGAUGCCAAGUCCGUUAAGAUCAAGAAGAACAAGGACAAUGUCAAGUUCAAGGUGCGCUGCAGCAGGUACCUGUACACCUUGGUCAUCACAGACAAGGAGAAGGCCGAGAAGCUGAAGCAGUCCCUGCCCCCAGGUCUGGCGGUCAAGGAGCUGAAGUAGGACUAAUGCUGUGUACAGAUCAUUGUAAUAAAAAUUGG